GCGGUGGAAUGUGCUGGUGCCGCCGAGAUGCCUUACGUGGAUCGGCAGAACCGCUUCUGCGGGUUCCUGGACAUCGAGGAGAACGAGAACAGCGGCAAGUUUCUGCGGCGCUACUUCAUCCUGGACACACAGGCGGGCAGCCUGCUCUGGUUCAUGGACAAUCCCCAGAACCUGCCCAAAGGUGCGGAGCACGUGGGUUCCCUUAAGCUCACCUACAUUUCCAAGGUCAGCGACGCCACCAAGCAACGACCGAAGGCUGAAUUCUGCUUCGUCAUCAAUGCCGGCAUGAGGAAGGUCUUCCUGCAGGCAAACGACCAGCAGGACCUGGUGGAGUGGGUGACUGUACUCAAUAAUGCCACCAAAAUCACAGUGCCAAAAUCGGGCGACGGGCAGCCCAACCUGGAGGGCCCCCCGGAAAGUAAGAAGCAGGUGUCGUACAAAACGGAGAUAAUUGGAGGGGUUCCCAUCAUCACGCCCACCCAGGAAGGUGGGGAGGGUCCGAACGGGCCGGGCGUGAAGCGGUCACACAGCCAGCAUCCUUACUAUGUGGGCCGACCACUGCAGGACCACACGGUCAUCAAGGCAGGCUACUGCGUGAAGCAGGGCGCCGUGAUGAAGAACUGGAAGAGGAGAUACUUCAUGUUGGAUGAAAACUCCAUGAGUUACUUCAAGUCAGACUUGGACAAAGAGCCCCUCCGGAUGAUUCCACUGAGGGACGUGCAGAAAGUUCAGGAGUGCAAGCAGAGUGACAUUUUGAUGAGGGACAACCUUUUCGAAGUUGUCACCAGUUCCAGGACCUUUUAUGUUCAGUCGGACAGCCCAGAAGAGAUGCACAGCUGGAUCAAGGCCAUCUCUGGUGCGAUCGUGGCCCAGCGGGGUCCAGGCCGAUCUGCAGCCUCCAUGCGGCAGGCCAGACGGCUGUCGAACCCUUGUAUACAGAGGAGCACGCCGACCACCAUGCCCCUUCUGGUUUCUACUGCAGUAACCAGGCCCCCCCCGUGCCUCGCUCGCCCCUCCACCCGGCAGCGUCCCCGCCCUGCCACCAGCGCUGUGGGAACGCCCUCACUUGCCCCCCAGCUGGGUCCCCACAGCCUGGCCUGGGACAGCGAGGACUUCACGAGCCUCCUGCCCCGCUCGCGGCUGUCCCUGCCGGAGGCCGCCGUUCGCCCUCGCCCUGGAGACGCCGCGUGGUAGAGGCCCCGCCUCCCCCGGCGCCGCCUGGCUCUGUGGACGCAGACUUGCCAAUCACACAAGUGUGACCCCACUUGCCCACUUUCUGAUAGGCCGUCACCAGGCCAGCAUCACGGUGGGGGUGGAGCAACCAGUAGGUGUAUAUAAGCAGCCGAAGAGAGGGACAGAGGACAGAAGGUGGACCGGACCACUCUGGACCUCUUCAGAGGGGGCUAUAGGUGUGGCAGUGCAGAGUGGAUUCCUCCUUUCUCUUAUUCUGCUUUAUUCCAAAUUCACUUCAUCUGGGUCCUUAAUCUUAGGUCACAGGGCAGUGGGACGACUGCACCUUCAGCUCCUGAGCGUUUUUAUUAUUUUAUUAUUUCUUGUAAUUCUUUUUGUGGUUGUUUUGGUAUAAACCAAGCAGUGCUGUAAGAAAAAAACCUCAUGUGGUACUGGCGCACGUUUAAACAGUGACGUUUUAACCCAAAGAUUUCUGCAAACGUGUCAUAAAUCUGUUUCUGUCAUUCAGUGUUUCGCAGUGCGAUCCUUUGGGACCCACAGUCGGUCCAUGUUUGUGCUCCCUCCCUGCCAGACAGCUGGGAGACAGCCGAGAGCUGGAAGGGAGCAAAAACAUGGACUGUCUGUGGGUCCCCGGGGACUGCAUUUGGAAGCACUGCUCAGAUUUAUGACCUUUUUUUUUGGGCUUCUGGGACGUCCAGACACUCUGAGUCAUUUAAACAUUGGACAGGUUGUAGGGAAGCAAUGCCCAAGUCGUCAUGCCUGUGAAUUUACUCUCUGAAUCUGUAACACUAAAUGUAACGCCGCGGCGACCUUGAUGAAAAUGACGCAUUUCUGUGCUGUCACCAUUCUGUCCCGUUAUGUUUUGGACAUUCGCCGUAGGAAUCGUAGGCACACAGCGAGAACGACUCACACCACUCUGGAUUUUCUGUGCGACCGCCUGUCUCCGGUUGGCAUUUAGUGUUGGUUUACUUACACUAAAAUGUUCUGAGGGCAGAAGGAAAAAUGAUUGGUUCAGAGAGAUUACCAAUUAGACUGUGGAAGAGGUGGGUCCAACCAAUCAGAUGUCUUAGCCCCGCCUCCUUUUUUUUUUCCUUCUGCCCUCAGAACAUAUUUGUGCAAGUAAAACUCCCAUGAGCUCCACACUAUCACUAAAUGUCAAUCGUGUUCACCACUAAUAGGUCCCCAGGUAGUGCUUUUGGUCACCCUCCGUCAAGGCAGCUGCACCCCCACGCUGAUGUGUGAGCUUUUUCAGAGAGGGAGAGAGAGAGUGCAGACCCAGGGGUUUUGUGGGGAGAGCUGGUAAUAUUAGCUGUAGCCAUAGCUGUAUUUUUUUGUGAAUAUAUUUUAGCACAGUUUUAAUGAGGUUAGUUUCUGUUUGUUGGGGUGGGGGUGCAUUUUUGUGCCUGAUUGGCUCCGCCCUUCGCUGUGAUUGGCUCCGCCCUUCGUUUUUUUAGUCGCCUGUGACUGUUGCACAACUUCCAACUGUAUAGCUGUAAAGUGCCUGCAUUCUUUAUAUAUAAAACAAGCUAUUUUAAUCCUGUUUUUUUUAAAUACUAUAACUGUGUAACGCAUCCUCAGAUAAAUGUGCAUUAUUUAUUACUCAGAGUUUAAAAUAAAUCAGUGAAUCUCUGAUAUCUGUGUCCAUCUCAUCACGCAUGAUAGCCAUUUUAAGGGCUUUUAGUUGGUGUUUUUUUUUAUCUCAUUGCCUCAUAUUUGCAAAUUUUAAGAUGGCUGGCGGUAGCGUGCCGUCUUUCCUGUCAGUUGUUCCGUAGAGGAAGAUGAGAGGGGGAUCUUUGGUGACGCACUGCCAUCUAGUGUCUAAGGGAGGACAGACCCCAUGACUGUCUGUUUACCACACGUUUUAUUUGGCCAUUGCACCGUUCAAAGAUAAUAUAAAUAUUUAGUAAUUAUCAUUUUUCCACAGCUGUUUAUUUACUUGACAUUAUUGUGCUUCAUAAUCUGCAUAAUGAGUUUACACCUCUUGUGUGCUUCCAGUCUGACUCUUCGAUUUUGUUACACUGCCCCCUGGUGGGGGCUUUCUGCUCUGACUCCAGAGUCAUCUUUUCCCUUGUUUCCAGUUGCAUCCGAUUUCUGUAGGUGUAAGUGCUUCUGCAUAUAGAUUUGCAGCAAUCCCGACUUUCCCCAAGGGACAAUAGGGCAUUAGACAGCGUGUCCAUUGCAGAGGGAAUUAAUUUACGUGAGAUCAUGCAUUUUGGAUUGUGGGUGGAAACCUAUAGAUCUGGACACUCAGCUGUGAGCAUUUCUGCACAAUCUAGUAGCCCUGACUCCUGGUUCUCUUCUUCUGCUUGCAAAUCAGCAGAGUGUGCCUCUGAAAUGACUUUCAAUGUGAACUAUAUUUUCACAAGAAGUUCACACUUCUGGUGGUGUGACGUCUUCCUUUAAACUUUCCACGAUGGAUGAUAAAUCUGUCAGACUCAUUCCCCAGGAGGCCUGCUUACAUGAAGGCAGGCCAUCCCAUCCCUUUCUGGCAGACCUACCAGCUAAUUCGUCCCUAUUAUCCAAAAAAGUAAUUACUUGGUACUGCAGGCAGACAGCUAUGAUCUGCCGUCAUUUUUAUGUGAAUAAAUGAAUUUUGGUCAGA